AUUAUUUACAUAAUGAGAACAACUCAUUAAUUACUUUAACCAUAAAACCUAUAAUUACUACAUAUGUUCCUAUCUAACUAACUCUAAUAAACAUAUAAUUCAGAUAUUAUCUAAUCCCACCUGAUUACAUAAUCUGACUCCCAUCAGCAGUCCAAAAAAAAGUAUAAAAGGAAGACAAAAAAACUCGACUUUUUAUUGCUGUUAAAAGAAAUCUAUGAUAUAAUUACGGGCAUCAUUAAGAUACGAAUCAAUUUAAUAAUAAAUAAAUAAAUAAAUAAUAAUAAUAAUAAUAUGUCUGAAUAUUCAUCAGGAUCAGCGUCUACGGAUGAUUUAUCACUUCCAAAGGCAACUGUUCAAAAGAUAAUUAGUGAAAUACUUCCGAAAGAUAUUGCUAUAUCUAAAGAAGCAAGAGAAGCCAUUACUGAAUGUAGUAUAUUAUUUAUUAUGAUGUUAUCAACCCAACUGAAUGAUAUAGCGGAAAAGGAGGCUAAAAAAACCAUUGCAUCAGAUCAUGUCGUUAAGGCAUUAGAAGAAUUGGAUUUCCAUAAUUAUCUUGAAAUUAUAAAUAAAGUAUUGGAUGAACAUAAAGAAUUAUUAAAAGGAAAGGAAAAGAAGAAUAAUAAAUUUCAAAAUUCUGGUUUAUCAGAAGAAGAAUUGCUUAGGCAACAAGAAGAAUUAUUUAAGAAAUCAAGAGAUCGUUUACAAAACUCUAAUCCCGAUACUUCCGUUAAAACAGAAUAGAUUAAUUCAUCCAUCUAAUGUUGUAAUGAUAAUAAUGACUAAGAUUUUCUUCAAUUCAAACACUUAAUAAAUCAAAACUUUUAGGUCAACUUUGAGAUGAGACAAUGAACCAACUCUGUAUAGUAUAGCAUCUAUGUAUAAUAAUCACAAUAACAAUAACAAUAACUACAACAAAUGACAGAUUACUGUUUGGUUAGUUCAUAUAAUAAUUUUAAAUAAUAUUAA